AUGUCUUUUGAGAGUGCUCCAAAGUCCGAUGAGCCGCUUAUGAGCGGCGAAGAUGGGUAUCUCGAAACCCAAGCAGGCUACAAAUCUUCUAAAUCUCAGUCUAAGCGUUUAUUUAUCUGGAAAGCGAUCUUCGGCAUCUUUGCAGCCGUGGUGAUCUUUGGAUUGGGUGUAGCGACGGGCAAUCACUUACCACCCAAGCGCCAGGGACUACUAGCACCGGAGGGAAAUGUCAAGUUAUUCAUGGAAUACAAUAGCACCUUUACUCUCCAUCCGUCUCCCGAAAGCGAUGCCGCUUGGGAUUCACUAUUCCCCAAAGGCAAGGGUUUUGUCCGGCAUGACAAAAUUGCACCUGAAACAUCGGGACUGGUCGUCUACCACGGUCUUCACUGCCUGAAUGCACUUCGUGGGGUUUACUAUGCUUCCGUCGACGGUGUGAACACACGCGACAUGGAGGAUCAUGCCCAAAUGUCCCAUAUGACUGACCCACAUCACGUCCGCCACUGCUUUGACUACCUGCGGCAGAGCUUGAUGUGCUCGGCUGACACAAAUUUGGAGCCUGUCACAAAAGAGUUGAAGGGUGUGACUGGGUGGGGAUUUACAAGGACUUGUCGCGAUCUGGAUAGUGUGAAGGCAUGGGCGGAGGAGAACUGGUCUAAUGAGAUUUGA